GAUGAGAACCACUCAGGGACUCUAGGUUACACCAACCCUCAUCCGGACAUUCAGGAGCCCCCUGCCCAGAGGGACACAGACUUCCUGACCAACGGCAGCAUAAGGAGCGCAUCUAACCCUGUCCCUCAGGAGGAGGCUCCGCCCAACAUCUCUGCAGAGCGGAAAGCACACACGCAUCGACACACACAGAAGAAGAAGAAGAAAAAGGUACGCCGAGUCCCAGCUGAGUUGACCAGAGAGCACUGCCCUCCCGUAGCUCCGCCCCCAGCAGCAGAGCCCAGCAGCACGUCUGCCUUUUCCUUGGGUCAGCGGCUUCCUUUCCCAGCAUUCCCACUGAGGGCCUCCCUGCCCCCCCUGGCCCCCCCCCUGGGCUCCGUCCAGGCUGCCGCCCCUCCGGCAGAGUACCACUCAGACUCCGCAGAGUCCCUGGAGGAGAUCCCGGUGGCCCUGGCCAAGCUGGGUUCCUCCUCGUCCGCAGCAGCCGGGGAGGCCUCCAGAUCAUCCCGCAUGCUGAUCCGGGGCGUUCAGCAGCAAUCCCCCCUCCCCAGGGCAAAGAAGAAGACCUCCUCCUCUCGAGCCAAUAAAAACCCAGCCGAGCUGAGGUUUGAAAUGGCGUCCACGCAGCCUCCGUCUGUGUUUGUAAGUCGGUCGAGUGGAGAGCCUGGUGAGGACUUUGGUCUGGGCUGGGAGCAGACCAGAACCAGACCUGCAUCCAGGACGUCUCUGGGUUCCCAGCGGUGACCGGAACCUUCUUCAGCGUCUCUGCUGAAAAGGAAGGGACUUUUAUUCUGAAAGGGUCCGCUCUUAUUUAAAGUUGGACAUGAUUUUUUUUAUUUGACGGACAAAGUGACUCCCUGUGUGUGUUCCCC